UAAUCAGGACCCGAACCCUAGGUUUUUUCUUUUCCCCUGAUUCCGAAAAUUCCCUUCAAACAGGACCCGGAAAAUUUGAAAUCUCCAAGCUCAAACAUAACAGUAAUGGAAGAUCAUCGAAUCAAUGGAGACAACAACAACAAGAACCCAAGGCAAUUACAGCUCUUCGUUAAACUUCUCAAUGGCGAAACCUUAUCGCUCCAAUUCCCGACCCCACAAGUCCAAGUCGGUUCCGUCAAGCACCGAAUUCACCAAAUUACCAAAAUCCCAAUCAAUUUCCAGCGCCUGAUCCGCGGCCAUCAACUCAAGGACGAUGCGGUGAUAUCCCACCCCAACGCCACCCUCAACCUAUCCCUCCGUCUUCUUGGUGGCAAAGGAGGUUUCGGAUCGCUGCUACGUGGCGCAGCCACAAAGGCCGGGCAAAAAAAGACGAGCAAUUUCGAGGCGUGCCGGGACAUGAGCGGAAGGAGGCUGAGGCAUGUGAAUGCGGAGAAGAGGUUGGAGGAGUGGAAGGCAGAGGAGGAGAAUAGGAAGUUGGAGAAGAUUGCGGAGGAGUUUAUGAAGAAGAAGGCAAAAACUGGGAAAAAGGGGGUUGGAGAUGGUGAGGCCGAGAAGUAUGUCGCAAAAUACAGGGAGGAGUCAGCGAGGUGCGUGGCGGUGGUUGAAGAGUCUGUUAGGGCAGCGUGCCGGAACCAAAAGCGGAAGGCUGUGCUAGGAGGAACUGACCCCAAAAGAUUGAAAAUUGGGAUGGGGAAGAGGAAAUUGAAUGAGAGUGAUAGUGAUGAUAGCAGCGAGGAUGAGGAUGACGAGGAAAAUGAGAAAUCUGUAGUUUUGAACAAUGGGAAUCAUUCAGAUUCUAGUAAGGGAACUGAGGGGAGUUCUGAUUCAGUUGCUGGGGGAAGACAUGAUGGAGAUUUUUCCGGUGGAGUCUCAAGUGAGAGUGGUUCUGAGGAAGAGAAAGAGAUUGUCCUGCAGCGAACUUCGGAAUCUGGUGGGCAAGAUGCUCCCAAUGUAGUUAACAGCAUGGUUGAAGUUGAACCAGAGGUUUAUGAAGAGAAGACAGCACAGUGUGCAAAUGCGGCCUGCAUGGAGGCAGAUGUGAUUGCUGGAAGUGAUGCCGUUCAACCUGAGAUGGAGGAACAUAAUGGAACUAAAACUGAAGAUCAGAAGGAAAUAGUUAGUCAGCGUCUCAGUGUUCCAGUUUCAGUAAAUGGAGGAGUUGAGAGCAAACUGAUUGAUGAAGUUAAUUGUUUAUCUAAUGCGAAGUCAGAAGUUCAUGAAGAAACAGUAGUUUCAGGUACUAAUGUGGCAGAACCAGAAAAGCCAUUGAACUUUGAUGACUUCAAUUCUCCGGAAGAGAUGCAGGUUCUUGGAUUGGAGAGGUUGAAAUCUGAACUGCAGGCGCGUGGGCUAAAAUGUGGGGGUACUUUGCAAGAGCGAGCUGCCCGGCUUUUCCUGCUAAAAUCCAUUCCUUUGGAUAAGCUUCCAAAGAAGUUGCUUGCAAAGAAAUGAAAACCUAUGUAGUAGACUUCAUUUGACCUCGUAGUAUCAUGGAGGAGUCCUUUUUGUCAAAUUAUGAAAUGUGUAUAUUUUUUAACUUCGUUCUGUCCUGUUUAAAAAUGUAUGACAUGGUACUUGAAUCCUGAAAUCCUGUUACCUAAGGAAAUCUUGACGGGCUCUUUGCUCUUAUAAUAAAAUGGAACAAGAAAUAGUUACGACUUUAAA